GGUGGAGCUGAGCUGGAAGCAGUCUCACAUCGGGCGUAUUUUGACGGAAAAGCAAAAGCGUUCUGCAAAACCGGGGCGCCCGACUGUGUGGCCUUCUCGCACUCUCAGGGGAACUCUCCCUCUCCGUUCACCGGAGGUUCUUCCUCCGAUCAGCCGUCAAUUGGUCUCCGACAGGGAGAUUGAGGAGGAAGAGCAAUGUCUCGGCAGGCGGCGUCUUCAGCGUUCCACAAAUCGAAGACCUUAGACAACAAAUACAUGCUUGGAGAUGAGAUUGGAAAAGGAGCGUAUGGUCGAGUAUACAAGGGUUUGGAUUUGGAAAAUGGAGACUUCGUGGCAAUUAAACAGGUGUCUCUGGAAAACAUUGCUCAAGAGGAUCUCAACAUCAUAAUGCAAGAGAUUGAUUUGUUGAAGAAUUUAAAUCACAAGAACAUUGUGAAAUAUCUUGGAUCCUUAAAGACAAAAACUCAUCUUCACAUAAUUCUUGAAUAUGUGGAGAAUGGAUCACUUGCAAAUAUUAUUAAGCCAAAUAAAUUUGGACCAUUUCCAGAAUCAUUGGUGGCUGUUUAUAUAGCUCAGGUACUGGAAGGCUUGGUUUAUCUACAUGAACAGGGUGUAAUUCAUCGGGAUAUCAAGGGCGCAAAUAUAUUGACAACCAAAGAGGGUCUCGUGAAACUUGCCGAUUUUGGGGUUGCAACAAAACUAACUGAGGCUGAUGUCAAUACACAUUCAGUUGUUGGCACACCCUAUUGGAUGGCUCCGGAGGUCAUUGAGAUGUCUGGUGUUUGUGCUGCGUCUGACAUAUGGAGUGUUGGCUGCACUGUGAUUGAACUUCUUACAUGUGUACCCCCAUACUAUGAUCUCCAGCCCAUGCCAGCUCUCUUCCGGAUUGUGCAGGAUGAGCAUCCGCCAAUACCAGACGGUCUAUCUCCUGACAUUACUGAUUUUCUGCGUCAAUGCUUUAAGAAGGAUGCUAGGCAGAGGCCUGAUGCAAAGACUCUGCUUUCACACCCCUGGAUACAGAACUCAAGGCGUGUUCUGCCGUCUUCCCUCAGGCACAGUGGUACAAUGAGGAAUUUAGAGGAAGAUGGUUCAUCAGAAGCAGAGAUUUCAAAUGGAGAUGAUCCAGGUGCUGGUGAAAGCCCUUCUGGGGAGAAAGUUAAAGCCUCAGCAAAUGAAUUAUCUCCAGAUGUUGCUGAGAUUGACAAAUCCGAUAGUGAUAAUGUCUCAACCAUUAAUCCUGUUGAGGAAGGACAUGAUAAUUCUGUGGAUAAUGUUUUGUCCGAUCAAGUGCUCACCUUAUCUAUCCAUGAAAAGCCACAGCUAUCCACAACCUCUGUCAAAUUACCGACUGGUAAUGAUGUGGCUCCCUCGCAUCCAGGGGAACUCCAUGAACCACUACAUGAUGAUGAAGGAGAGGUACUGGCAAACGGUGAGAUGAAACCUACUGAUUCAGAAAGGAAAAACAUCACAGCCGAAGAAAAUGGAAGUUCUACACAUGUUGAGCACAGGUCAUUUGGUUUUGGAACAAAAAGCCAGGAUUACAGUCCUCGAAAGACGGCAAAGGCAUCAGUCAACGUGGGGGGAAAUGAACUGAGUAGAUUUAGUGACCCCCCUGGAGAUGCUUCCUUGGAUGAUUUAUUCCAUCCAUUGGAAAAGACUAUAGGGGACAGGGAAGCUGAAGCUUCAACAUCAGCAUCCUCAUCACGCAUGCAUCAAGGCAAUACAAUUGUAACAGAUGCUGGAAAACAUGACCUGGCUGCAAAGUUAAGGAAUGCAAUUGCCCAAAAACAACUGGAGAGUGAUAUGGGGAUUGGGAAGUCGAAUGGCGGAGACCUAAUAAGCAUAAUGAUGGCUUUAAAGGAGGAGGCAAUUGACAUUGAUGGUUUAGGUUUUGAUGAUAAAUUGCCUGCAGAGAACCUUUUUCCUGUACAGGCUGUUGAAUUCGGGAAAUUGGCUGGGUCAUUAAGACCAGAGGAAUCAGAAGAUGUGAUAGUAUCUGCCUGUCAGAAGUUGAUAACUUUCUUUCAUCAGCGCCCUGAGCAGAAGAUUGUUUUUGUGACACAGUAUGGUUUGCUCCCCUUACUGGAAUUACUUGACAUUCCACGAACUCGUGUUUUAUGUUCAGUGCUUCAACUUCUAAAUCAGAUAAUCAAAGACAACACUGAUUUUCAGGAAAAUGCUUGUCUUGUUGGCCUUAUACCUGUUGUCAUGGGUUUUGCCGUAUCUGAUCGUCCACGUGAAAUUCGUAUGCAAGCAGCUUAUUUCUUGCAGCAGCUUUGUCAAUCCAGCUCGUUGACAUUGCAAAUGUUUAUUGCUUGUCGUGGAAUACCUAUUUUGGUGGGAUUUCUGGAGGCUGAUUAUGCAAAGUACAGGGAGAUGGUUCAUCUAGCUAUUGAUGGCAUGUGGCAGGUCUUUAAGCUUCAGCGAUCAACUCCUAGAAAUGAUUUUUGUCGCAUAGCUGCAAAGAAUGGGAUUUUGCUAAGGCUUAUCAACACUCUAUAUAGUUUAAAUGAGGCAACUCGGCUGGCUUCCAUAUCUGGUGGGAAUGGGUUUCCAGGAGAUGGAGUGGUUCCGCGGCCUCGUUCUGGUCCAUUGGAUCCUAAUAAUCCUGCUUUUGCUCAGAAUGAAAUGCCUGCUCAUGGAAUUGAUCAACCAGAUUUCUCCAAAGCUAAGCAUGGCACUUUAGAUCAUCCCUUAUCAUCUGGAACACAAGAACCUUCACGUUCAUCCAUUUCAUAUUCCCCGGAUUCCAGAUUCUUCCCUGUUGAUAGCGAUAGGAUUCAAUCAAGCAAUGCAGAAGCUUCAGUUGCUUCAAGAUUGUCAGAGUCAACAUCUGUGGACAAAGUUUCUAAUGUAUCAUCUAAAGAACGAGAAAAUUCAGACCGGUGGAGAAUUGAUCCUUCACGAGCAGAAGUUGAGCUUAGACAGCAGCGAGUUGCUAAUAGAACAUCCACAGACAGGGCUCCCAAAUUGAACGAUGGUGCAUCAAAUUGGCUUGCCACUACGACAGCCACUCAGCAAGAGAAUGUGCGACCUCUUCUUAGCUUGUUGGAGAAGGAACCCCCUUCAAGACAUUUUUCUGGUCAGCUCGAGUAUGUUCGCCAUAUAUCUGGGCAUGAAAGUAUAUUGCCUCUUUUACAUGCAUCUAAUGACAAGAAAGCAAAUGGACUAGACUUUUUAAUAGCAGAGUUUGCAGAGGUCACUGGACGUGGAAGAGACAAUGCAAAUGUUGAGUCCACGCCUAGAACUUCCCAUAAAGCUGUAAACAAGAAAGUAGGACCAGCAACAUCUAAUGAGGGAGCUGCUUCUACAUCUGGACUUGCAUCUCAGACAGCAUCUGGUGUACUUUCUGGUUCAGGGGUUUUAAAUGCUAGACCAGGAAGUACAACAUCAUCAGGUUUACUUUCUCAUAUGGUAUCUACUUUUAAUGCUGAUGUUGCCCGUGAAUAUCUUGAAAAAGUGGCAGACCUUCUACUUGAGUUUUCUGGAGCAGACACUACUGUGAAAUCCUACAUGUGUAGCCAAAGUUUGCUUAGUCGUCUUUUUCAGAUGUUCAACAGGAUAGAACCACCUAUCCUUUUGAAGUUGCUGAAGUGUAUUAAUCUUCUUUCAACCGACCCCCAUUGUUUGGAGAAUCUUCAGCGGGCAGAUGCAAUUAAAUAUCUGAUCCCAAACCUUGACCUCAAAGAAGGCCCUCUUAUAUCUCAAAUACAUCAUGAGGUCCUCCAUGCACUAUUUAAUCUCUGCAAAAUAAACAAGAGGAGACAGGAGCAAGCUGCAGAGAAUGGAAUUAUCCCGCACUUAAUGCAUUUUAUCAUGUCAGAUUCACCGCUGAAACAGUAUGCAUUGCCACUACUAUGUGAUAUGGCCCAUGCAUCACGUAAUUCAAGAGAGCAAUUAAGGGCUCAUGGUGGACUGGAUGUGUAUCUAAGCCUACUUGAAGACGAUAUAUGGUCUGUAACAGCAUUGGAUUCCAUUGCUGUCUGCUUGGCUCAUGAUAAUGACAGUCGAAAGGUAGAACAAGCUUUACUGAAGAAGGAGGCAGUUCAAAAGUUGGUCAAGUUCUUCCAGUGCUGUCCAGAACAACAUUUUGUACACAUAUUGGAGCCCUUCUUGAAGAUAAUCACGAAAUCAUCAAGGAUAAAUACAACUUUAGCUGUCAACGGCUUGACACCGUUGCUCAUUUCAAGGCUUGACCACCAGGAUGCUAUCACUCGUCUCAAUCUGCUCAAACUAAUUAAGGCUGUGUACGAGCACCACCCACGUCCAAAGCAACUGAUUGUGGAGAACGAUCUGCCUCAUAAACUUCAGAGUUUGAUCGAGGAGCGCAGGGAUGGACAGCGCUCUGGUGGCCAGGUUUUGGUGAAACAGAUGGCAACAUCUUUGCUUAAAGCACUCCACAUAAACACUGUUUUGUAAAUUUAGGGGUCCAAAUAUAGCAAUCGUGUAUAUUUUCGUUUUUAGGAGAUAUAUAGUGAGGUGGUCUUUCAUUUUUGGUUUGUUUUCUUCAGCUUUUUUUUUGUUCCCAUUUGGUUGUGGUUUUUGUAUCUCUCCCUCGUUCUCAAUCUGUAAAAAAAGUACGUGAAAUUAUCCUCCUCCUUGGUCUGGAUAUCUUCAAUGUGUGAAGGUCCUUGUUACUUUCUCGAGAAAGCUAACCUGCCAAUAUGGCAGCAAUUGGAAGCUGUAAUGCAUGUUUACUUACACAUGCUCGUUUUGUUUACUCCAGAAGACACUUGCUACCUUCAUAACUAUUCUUCUCCCCCCCCCCCCCCCCCCCCCCCCCAUCCUCUGUCUGUAACCAUUCUUCAAAAAUGCAUCACUUUGCCUCUUUUUGAGCGCUCUGAUAGUCGAUUUA